AUGCCGGUCGACCUAUCGCUGUAUCUGGUCACGGACUCGACCCCAGCUAUUCUCAAGGGUCGCGAUCUAUGCACGGUCGUAGAGGAAGCUAUCAAAGGAGGUGUCACGAUUGUCCAAUACCGGGACAAGACCAGCGAUACUGGUGAUCUCAUCGCCACAGCCAGCAAACUUCACCAAGUCACCCAAAAGUAUGGCGUGCCACUCCUGAUCAAUGACCGAGUAGAUGUCGCCCUCGCUGUCGGUGCAGAAGGUGUGCAUCUGGGCCAAGAUGAUAUGGUGUUUGAAAUGGCCAAGAAGCUUUUGCCCAAGGGUUCUAUCAUUGGAAUCAGUACCUCUACGGUGGAGGAGGCGAAGAAGGCUAUUGCUGAUGGAGCCGACUAUAUUGGUAUCGGAGCGAUGUUCGCCACUCCCACCAAGACAAACACCAGGUCUUUCCUCGGUACAGCUGGAACGCAGGCACUUUUGAACUCAAUCGGGGAUUCAUCAAUCGGCACCGUCUCCAUCGGCGGUAUCAAUCACACCAACGUGCAGCGCGUGCUCUACCAGUCCAAGUCUCCCGCAAAGGGACUUGACGGAGUCGCCAUCGUCAGUGCAAUCAUUGGUGCCGAGGACCCGAAGGCAUCUGCCGAGAAGUUUGUCAAUCUGAUCAAGAACACUCCCUUGUUCGCUCUAGCCCCUCAGCCUUCCCGGGCUAACGAGGUCGAGACCCUGCUGCAAAACGUGCCUGCUGUUGUCCGGAAGAUGACCGAAGCACACCCGCUGGUUCACAACAUGAUCAACUUCGUCGUGGCUAACUUUGUGGCCAAUGUUGCUCUCUCAAUCGGCGCAUCCCCUAUCAUGGCACCUUACGGUGACGAAGCCAAGGAUCUAUGCAAGUUCGACGGCGCCCUCCUCAUCAACAUGGGCACAUUGACCAGCGAGAGUGUGUCCAACUACCAAAAGGCCGUUCAAGCCUACAAUGAGCGCGGUAACCCUGUCGUCUACGACCCGGUCGGUGCUGCCGCCACCGAGAUCCGCCGCAACGCCGUGUCGACCCUGAUGGCCGGGGGAUACUUUGAUCUGAUCAAGGGUAACGAAGGCGAAAUUCGCCAAGUGUGGGGAAGCAAUGCUGUGCAGCAGCGUGGUGUCGACAGUGGACCCAGCGAGUUGGAUGGCCAACAGAAGGCUAAGCUGGCGCGAGACCUGGCCCGGCGAGAGCGUAAUGUGGUCCUGAUGACCGGUGCCGUUGACUACCUCAGUGACGGCGAGCGCGUCAUCGCUGUGGAGAACGGCCACGCAUAUCUUGGCGGAGUGACAGGAACUGGAUGCGCCAUUGGUUCUAUCGCUGGUUGCUUCCUGGCCGCCCAUCGUUCCGAAAAGCUCCUUGCCGUGCUUUCCGGGCUCCUGAUGUUCGAGAUUGCUGCUGAGAACGCUAGUGCUAAGGAUUAUGUUCGUGGAACGGGCAGCUUUGUGCCUGCCUUCCUUGAUGAGCUGUAUGCGAUUCGGACGGCUGCUGCCAAGGGUGAUGAUAGCUGGUUUGUGGGCCGUGCUAAGGUGCACGAGGUGAAGUUGUAA